UGACAUCACGGCGCCUUGAGCGAGGCUCGGGUAGAGAGGCCGACCGUGCUGGAGUCGUCGGCUUGUGGAGGAAGCAGCUGGGAGCUGGCGAGAGCGUGAGCGGGCGGGCAGGCGGACGAGCGAGCGAGCGCAGGCGGGGGGGAGCGGCGCACGGCGCGGAGCAGCGCCUGCCCGGGCCUCGGCGGAGCCUCACCGGAGGGCAGCCCGAGCGGGCGCCUGGAUCCCCGCCCCCACUCGGCGGGGCAGUGCCCGGUGUUCCCCCGUGCGGGGGGCGGCGGCUGCGGCUGAGCGGACCCCACGGGACCGCGCGGGUGUUGCCACCUCGGCCGAGGAGCCGGCGCGGCCGCGGGACCCUGCGAGCUGGGCCCGGGGCCCGUGACAGACGGGCCAAGGAGGGGAGAGAGGCGGCGGCGGCGCAGGCGACGGGGAGGCAGCGGCGGCGGCGACAACAUGUCAUCCCCCAGUCCCGGCAAGAGGCGGAUGGACACGGACGUAGUCAAGCUCAUCGAAAGCAAACAUGAGGUUACAAUUCUAGGAGGACUCAAUGAAUUUGUUGUCAAGUUUUAUGGCCCACAAGGAACACCAUAUGAAGGCGGCGUGUGGAAAGUUAGAGUGGAUCUUCCUGAUAAAUACCCGUUCAAAUCUCCAUCUAUAGGAUUCAUGAAUAAAAUUUUCCAUCCCAACAUUGAUGAAGCGUCAGGAACUGUGUGUCUAGAUGUAAUUAAUCAAACUUGGACAGCUCUUUAUGAUCUUACCAAUAUAUUUGAGUCCUUCCUGCCCCAGUUGUUGGCCUACCCUAACCCCAUAGACCCUCUCAAUGGUGAUGCUGCAGCCAUGUACCUCCACCGACCAGAAGAAUACAAGCAAAAAAUUAAAGAGUACAUCCAGAAAUACGCAACGGAGGAGGCCCUGAAGGAGCAGGAAGAGGGCACUGGCGACAGCUCGUCGGAGAGUUCUAUGUCUGACUUUUCUGAAGAUGAGGCCCAGGACAUGGAGUUGUAGUAGAAAAGCAUCUGCUUUUCAGAAAGACUUAUUUCCUAACCAUGAGAAGCAGACUAUAAUAUUCAUAUUUAAACAAAGCAAUUUUUUUUAUUACUAAACAAGGUUUUUAUGAAUAAUAGCAUUGAUAUAUAUAUAUUAUAUAUCACCCUUUAGAUCUUGAUUUCUUGGUCAUUUCUCAACCUGAGGUGCAUAGCAUAUCCCCACAUUCCAUUUCGGUAGCAAUAUGCAGUCCGAAUGCAUGCAUUCAUAAGUCCAUUUGACCAGGCCAGCCUGCGUGCUGCUCAGCUGUCAAGAAUUGCCGCUCCGAUAGGUAAAUGUGAGGAAAACUAACAGAAAAGUCGCUUCUUUUUAUGGAUGGUUCCAAAGAAUAAGACCAGAUGUACCAGUUGCUGGAUGAAGACAGAACAGUGCUUUUCCAGGUGGAAGGGAAAGGCUAAGGAAGAGCGAGCUCCGGAGCUUGUGAAGCUGGCCUCGCACAGCCAGCUGCUCCCGAGAGAGACCACAGUGGGCGACUCCAGGAUUGGAUGAGAAGUGAGACUUAGAACCUUUUUUUUUUUUUUUUUGACUCAAAUUUAGGUGCGUUUUUCUAGGUAGAUUCCUGGCCCUCUGUGCAACCAGACCUGUAGCCACAUUGGUUUUGCUUUGAAGACCCUUUGGGAAUGUUUUCUGAACCCAAAUCUUUUUCUUGGUACAGCUCGUCAUCCAGAACUUUUUUUUUUUUUUUUUUUUUUUUUUUGAGAGAGAGAGAGAGAACAGGACUGGAGGAGAAAAGGGGAGGCUGGUCCCGUUGGAGACCACUGCCCUGGACUGAACUGCAAAAACUGGAAGCAGUUUUUGUUUGGUGUUUUUCUUUUCUUUUGUUCCUUUAUAUAUUUUUUUUUUUAUUUGUGUGAAUUGAACUUAGGCAGGUUACAGAUUUAAUUUUACCUACCAAGAGACAGUCUCCUCCCUGGACAAGGCGCUCAGUGGAUCUUCAGGUGGAGGGAGACUGGCCUUGAGGCUCGAGGCCUGCGCCGUCCUGUGAUCUCUUGGUUCUCUCUCUGGCAGCUGCUCCUGGCAGCAGCCCAGUUGCCCACCACUUAUGGCAGAGGGAAGUGUGGGUAUGUAAGACCCAAAACAUCCUAAUUUUUUUAAAGACAUCCUAAAUUUACAAUGAGUAAGAAUUGAACGUUGUACCCACGGUGGCUUGAGGUGGGAGAACCACUUUCUUCUGUGACUGACUAGGGAGGGUGUGAGCCCUGACAGAUUAUAGGCAGGUUGCCAGGGAGGGAGGACACUUUGUCCCUCCGCGGGAACAGCAAGUCAGACAGCUGAAGCCUGACCUGCCGCUGCAGCCUCUGCUCAGCCACCUGCCACCCAGAGUGCCCAGCAGUUCCCAUCGGACUCUGGAAGGGAUUUGGAGAAAGUUUAGACGCCCGCUCUGUAUUCUUUUUGCCGAAACUGGAACAGUAGAAGUAGCCAAUCCUAAGAGCGUCUGAAGGCAGUGCGUGUCCGAUGUGUUUAGUGUAGGAGUGCUGUAUUCCACAAGGUUAAGUCGGUGAACUGGGGAGACACCUCUCUCUCCUUCUUAAUUCAAAAAGCACAAUCAGUCUUUCCUUUGAAAAUCUAUAUGAAGUCCAACUUUUAGCAUGAUUAUUUUCCUAAAUAAAAAGACAAAUAAUCUACUUAUUCUAAGUUAAUUACGGGCAUGAAGCAAAAGGUUUUCUUUGGGGAAAAUGGAGUUCUGUGGGGCUGUGGUCAGUUUACUGUACUGUUCUCUUGGGCACCCUGCCUGUUGGAAGGUGGCUUUAACUGUGUAACACUGUGCUUACCUGGCGUGCUGUCUUCUGUUUGGGGGAAGGAGGGCCUCUGCAGGCACGUCCAGCUCGCUUCCAUGGAAGAGGGGCAGUUUGCUCAUGCCAUAACCUUACUGUAGGUGCUACUUAGGGUAGGCUUGAAGUGCUGGGUGGUGACUUUUGAGUUCAAACAAUAAAAAAUUGUAUUUUUUCAAUACUGUAUAAAAUAGUACUCUAAUUACCUUUCCAAAAAAAAAAGGGUCCUGAUGAUUGCUUUUGAUCUUGUUGAAAAAAAAAUAGAAAACAAAGAAAUCCAACAAAGCCUAACAGAGUCAAUUUUAGGGAAUGGGCGUGAGCAGCACACAGCUGACGGGUGCGGAACGGCCAUGCAGAGCCCAGGGCUCGAGGCCAGGACAGAGGGUUCCCAUCCAGGCGUUCAUGACUGCCCCCAGUCACUACCCUCAGCUUCCUGGCACUCUCUGGGCCUUGACUCUGUUGGGAAGUCGGCUUUGCAAGCUUUCUGACCCUUCCUUGCUUCUUGGUGAGGUAGGGCUAGGGACUCUGAGGACUCCAGGUCCCCAUCGUAAAUGGAUGCGCUCUGGAGUUUGCCUCCUUGGUUACCAAAACCCUCUAGUUGCCUGUGGAUGUACCUCCUAAUACCCAAGGGGGCAUUGACCCCUUUGAAGGCUGAGCACUCCUUCCUUUGAGGGUUAGCAGUAAGUUGGGGCUGUUGCUGGCAUUUGCCCGCCCUUUGUACCUACUGUUUUUGAAGUCCUACCUUAUGGUUUACCAGUGGAAGCCAUUCUUUGCCCCCAUUCAGACGACUGGAGCUCUUGCCAAAUGCUGACAAGCAAAAAGUGGCUGCUGCCUGGCAGCCCAAACCUGCCACGUUCCUGUGCCCCCUGGAAGCCCAGGGCUGGGGCCAGUGGGCCGUGUUCUGUGGUUGCCAACGUAGACCCUGGCAGUUGACAUUUUUGUCAGUCUCCACCCUCCUCGAGACUGUGCAGCUUCAACCAGCAUCUCCUGUUGACGAGAGUCCUCAGAAGUUGCCACAUCUCUCCAGCUCUCAUGCUUUCGUCCACUUCAAGUGCUGUUCUGUUGCCAACCGGCUGAUCUGGGCCCCCGAGGGGUGUAUCUUCUCGGAGGAACUGCCCUGGAAGUUGGCCUUGACCUGAUACUUGCGUUUUCUAAGCCACCUUUUGGGGUGGCUAAGAAUCAUGACAGAUCCCCUGCCAGUCUAGUCUCUGGGUCAGUUUUCCGAGAACUGGGAUUGGUCUCUCUGUUUUAGUGACUCAGAAAAGUGAAGCCAUUUACAAAAGUUAGCGGAGAGUUUUGCUUUGUUUUGCCCACUUUUAAUUGGGUCAGAGUCUUGCUGAGUGAAAACCAACUCGUUUCUGAUUGGGCACAAAGAACUGCUUUUCUUUUGGACUUCUGAAUCCAUGUUCACCUUCCUUUAGCCACUGAACACGUUGGCCAGCUCUUAGGGAUUGGAUGGAGUAAAGGCCCUCCGGGGUCAUGGGAUUGCAGCUUUCCACUUGCCUGAGGAAUGGCCCUGGCUCUUGGCUCAGCAGUUACUUGGCUGUGGGCGUGGGAAGAAAUGGCCUUCAAUUACUGAUUGUAUUUGGUACACUUUGUGUGAUACUUGAAGAGAUAAAAGGGACUUAGCAGCCCUUAAUUGAAAUCUAAGCUUUUUACCGCUUUCUUCUCCUUGCCGUGUCUCCUCCCUCCCACCUUCCUUGCAUUGUGAUGAUCUAGUGGGCAUGUCUGUCACCUGGACAAAUGCCUCCUCUGACUAUAACCUCUUAAUAGUUGUGUAUAAUGAAAACUGUAAACUUUUUUAAAUAAAAUGUGUAUAUACCUUGGCAAA